AUGCGCUCUUGUCAUAUCCGGCCCUGGGUGCCAAUGACUCUGACAGGCUUGUUCCUCCGAACGCUGGCCCGGGGAUGCGUCCUCGAAGACCAGUUCCUAGACAGCUCGGAAGAAUUCUAUGAAGCCCUAGCUGGAUGCACAACAGUUAUAGCAGACAAACUCAGUAUUGGCGGGGCCAGUGGUCGACUGGUUCUCCCUGAUGUGGUCAAUAUCACAGGCGCCAUCCACUCCACGGCACUGGUCCCAUUAGCUCUUUCAUCGCCGUUGAUGACCUCGAUAGAGGCCCCACAGCUCGUGCAUCUCGGUGGCUUGGACCUUAACAGUAUCGGGUCCAUAGCCAAUCUCUCCUUCCCUAAGCUGCAGCAUGUUGCCGGUCAGAUCCGUAUCGAACGCCUUGAGCAAUAUGUUAACAUUGACUUUCCGGUAUUGGAGGAUGUCAAGUCAAUUUAUCUGGACGGAGACUUCGGAAGGCUGGGCUUCCGCCGCCUUCAAAGGGUUGAUAAUGAUUUGAUCGUGAUAAAUUGCGAAGGAUGUAAAACCGGCAAUCUUAAUCCAACGACCCCCGACCCUGUAGCAAUUUUGUUUCCAGCCUCGAACCUGUGGGUUUCAUCAAGCUAG